ACUCACAGCUGUAAGCUCUUUACCACUAGAGCUAGAAGCUCCGGUUAAGAGUUAUGUUUUACAUCUAAUGAUAUUCUAUUUUAGAAUACAAAUACAAUAAUAAACAUAAAAUAAAUGAUUUACUCUAGAGUAGACCUAUUUUUAAUAGGAUUUUUGCACUAGAUAUACAUGGAAGAGAUGUAAAUUAGGUAAGUGGGCAUCGUAUUGUUGAGUUUUCGGUAAUACCGACAGUAUCCUUACUAUGAGAGAGAACGGAGGAUGUAGGGCCACAAAACUAGUAUGGCGCUUUGUGCAGACAACCGGGAGAAGGCGGUAGAACACGCUUUGUACUGUAGAUGAAAAUAUCUUUGGUACAAUAAAACUGUACUUUCAAAGCGUGCAAAAAACCUAUAUUUAUGUCUAUCCCUUUUUAUAAUAUAUUUAUCGUUUCCUUCGUAUUGUACGCCUUUCAUUUUCUAUCAUCUCUCAUCAGGCAUUUCAUUUUCACUUCUCUAUCAACCACACAGUUAUGGUAAUCGACAUGGCGUCUUCACGGAGUCGUGAUUUUUCCGAAGAAGACCUGGAGGAAACCACCGUACCCUUACCGGAAAUGAUGUUCGCCGAGGGAGAGGAACCCGUCGGUGUUAGGGUUCUGACAUACCAGUCGUCGCGUGCGCUAAACACAAUUCUUGAAGCUCUUGAAUCAAGAGUUCUAUACAUUCCCGCUUCACGUCUACGAAAAUAUCUUCUUCGCAUCGUCGCACUCCCAGCCACUACUUUUAAUCCGUAUAUACACCAUAUUUGUUAUACCAAGCCUGAAAAUAUUUAUUCAUCAACUGAUGAAAUUUUUGUACAACAACCUGCCGGUUCAACGUUGUCUUUUCUUCCAAAUCUUCGCCUUCUUAUGUUGCCCUGUAUUUAUUGCCGGUUUGCAACCUCAAAACUCCAGCCAUUAUCCUCUACACUUAUGGGAAGCAUACCUGUUUGUCGAGGAGAGGACAAAUACUCGACAAAUACAUCACACUUUUAUACUAUCAUAACAAUUGUUUGUGUGAUCACGUGUAGAUGAAAUGAGUAAUAUAAUUUUUUUUUUAAAGAAACCCUUGUCUUUGAAGUAACCGGUUGCAGGUAACACAUUAUCGGAUGCGUUAGACAUUGCGGAGGUUAAUAUCGACUUUCUCCUAACUCGUUUCACUUGUUCGCCAAUUAAUAAAAACAAUGUCCACUUACCUAAUUAACAAUCUUGUUUUGGUUAUUCACCCAAAUUAGCCUUUUUAAUACUAAAUACUUAAAUACUAGGUGAUAACCCGCGCAUCCAUGCGCGGAGUUAUGGAAUAAAAAAAAUUAUAAUUUAAAACUAUAUUGCUUAAUUUAUUAGUGUAAUUUAAAUAUAUUUGAAUAAAAAAAUAUGAGAGUAAGCAAAGACUUAUAUAAAUUUAUUAUGAGUUUAUGAUAAAAUAAAACAUAAGCAAUAGAAUUAUUAUUUUCAUAAUAUAAAUUAUGAAUAUAAAAAGAAGAAAAAAUAGGAAUAUAAUAAUAAAAUACUAAAGAAACAAAUUUUAAAGAACCAAAUUUUUAAAAAGACUGAUAAAACCACAACUGAGAAGUGUGUUCACAAUUCUUCGUUUGCAAUCCUAUAAAGAGACAUAACAAAGUAUCAACUUAGUAAAAUAAACACAAAUAAUGAUAGUCCAAAUUCACUAAAAGAAAUGAUAUACUACCUUAUGAAAGCAUCAAUUUCUGGAACAUCAUUGAGUUAAAAAAUAAUUUUCGAAAACCCCAUCAAUUUUAAUUAAAAUAUAUUAAAAUAUUACAUUUAACAUUGAAAAAGAUUGUAGAAACUUACAUUAGAAUCAAUGAAAAUCAUUUAAAUGGUUAGGUCACCAGCAGCAAACCAUUGCUUCCACAAUCGAACAAUACUAACCCUCACACUCCACAUUGUCUUAAAAGGUUUCAAAUCGGCUACAGAGUUAAAGCCCGCCAUAGUGAUGUGCAAGCUCGAAAAUUUUGGUAAGGAUGUUUUGAGAAGGAAAUGGUGGUGAGGAGAAAACAAUAUAAAGCAUUGUAUUUAUAGAUGCAAUGGCGGGUCUAUGGUAUACUUGCAUAUCUGAGAUUUAUUUUAAUUUUCGUAACAAUAAUUAAUAUGAAAUUUUGAGAACUUACCUUAUUCCUUGCUCGUCGAAUCAAUAACGUUAAUCACUAAUUCUCAGUUAUUAUGUACAAUCAAAAAUAAAAGCGUUGAGGCUAAUUGGAGAAAAUAAUAUUUUGACUUUCUUAUUUAUAUUUUUUAAUUGAUUUGGAUGUGUACUAAGGUAAACCAAUGUUAAUGUUGAUAUAUUGUUUUCAUCAUCUGCUUAAUACGAUGAAUAGGAAUCUUAUAUUCAAACUAUACUUAAUGCAUUUAAUUAAUAUGGAAUUUUGAGAACUUACCUUAUUCCUUGCUCGUCUAAUCACAUGGUAUAUUGUAGGAAACAAAGAGUUAAUUUGGUCAACGAAAUUUAGUUUUUAAUCAAUCAGUUUUGAAAAUAUGCUAGCAGACUCAAAACGUGUGAUAUUAUGUAAGGAUGAGUAAAUUCAUAAUAUCAGUUUUGAAAUAUGUAAACUGACUUUAAAUCAAUCAGUUAUCAUCUAGGAUCAUAUCAUUAAAGUUGGUUGGUAUAAUUAAAUUUUAAAUCAAUCACUCUUUUCUUUAUGUCUAUAUGAAUUGGAAAUAAUUGACGUGAACCUUUUAAAUGACCGGUUUUGAUCAAAUAUUUUAUAUGUAAUAUGAAAACCAAUUUAGAUAAACACCCCUUUUGAUAUAUAUAUAUAUAUAUAUAUAUAUAUAUUAGAUAUGUCACGAAAUAUAUCAUAUAUGUCACGAAAGUAACAUUAAAAUAAACGUUAAAUUAUUACAACAUACGUUAAGGUGAGUGUUCUUGUCCCAAACCGGUUUUAAAUUGUUAAGGCGAGAGUUCUUGUCUCGAACCGGUUUUAAAUCGUAAGUUACCAAUUAAUAUGAUUAAAACAUUAUGUUAAGCACCAAUUAAUGAGUAAUGGCAAAGUAUGUAAUAAUUCUAGUAAAGAGAGGGUUUUUACCUAGAGAGUGUGAGAAUGAAUAUGGUGUUGCCACAUAGGAAAUGACAUAUUUGUUAAUAGCACAUGAGCAUAAGGUUACUCUUUAAAAAUGCUCCUACUUUAAAAAUGAGUUAUUUUCACAAUAGGGCAAUUUCCAUGUUUUUAUGUCAUAAAAAGGCACUUCCCGCUACUGAGGCAGUUUCUAUGUGAGAAGAUCCAACUUGCUCUUAGUUGGAUUGUUGGAUUUUCAAAAUUUAAAAUCGGUGUGAUGGGCCCACAAGCGUAAGAAAUCCCACUUUCAAUUAUUUUAAAUAUUAAAGACGGAUUUGUAAGGGAAAUUAUUCACUUUCACCUUUGCUUUUAUCGAGACCAGAGGAAAAAACUGAAAAGGCGAUAACGAGUCUAAAAAUCGACGGCGAGGUUCGGCGAGGAGAAACAAGAUGUCUCGACGGCGAAGUCUGCGUGGUAAAGAGAUUUCCGUUGACGAGGUACAGGAUGUACCGGAGAGUCUACCGGAGAGGUUAUUUGCAACGGAUCGCUUCCCAUGCGAGAGAAUCAACAUGUACUCGACUAUAGAUUAUCUUCUGUGUGUUCGAGACGCACUAAACGGCACUGAGGAGAUGGCGAUGUUGUUGAGAUCUUGCUUUGGAAUCCUAUUUAGGUUGCCGGUCGGGAGGUUGCUGAUGGGCAAAGUGAUACACGGGAUGCUCACUAGGCAGGUGCUUACGAAGAGGAAAUAUGAGCUGUGGCCGGUGUUUGGUGGAAACCCCUUUAGGUUUUCGUUGGUGGAGUUUGGGGAGGUGACCGGUUUGCCCUGUGACGAGUUCGAAGAGGGUUACAGCAUCGACUACGAAUUGCCGGCAACGGAGGAGAACUAUGCGUACUGGGAAAGGUUGAUUGGUCCUGACAGGGAUGCGUCCAUCGAAGACCUUGCGGCAAUGGUUUUAGGUGACACAGUGAUGUCGGCCUCUCGCAAGUUGAGGUUGUGUUUGAUAAUAAUUGUAGACGGGGUGCUAGUGCCUACAUCUCAAAAACAGAAGCCGAGUCUGAAACAUGUGAAUCUUGUGAAGAACCUCAAGAAUUUCCUUGCUUUUCAGUGGGGAAGGGAGUCCUUUGCUUGGGCAAUAAGGACGAUGAAGCCAGGUCCAAAAGUGAUGGGUAAGUGCGAGGAUCCAAAUGGAGAUUUCUGUAAGAAGCUGAGGCAGAAGACUAUUAGGAUUCUUGGUUUUCUGUUGGCGUUGCAGUUGGUGGCGUUUGAACUUAUCCCCCAGUUGCUCAAACAAGCACGUGGGGAUGAUAGCACAACUUUGCUUACUUUCCAUGGGCAGGUAUUGCCACAGCAUGCAGGGUUGACUGUGGUUGAUGUGCGCAAAGUGGAGCAUGAUGCGGGGGUAAGGAUUUGGUUUUAUGUUUCUUGUUUUCAGAUAUGAGUAGUUAUUGUACACUGGUUAACUAAUAUAGUGUACAUUUUAAAGUUCAUGUGUCCGUGUAUUUUAUGUAUGGUUGUACACUAAGACUUGUAGCGUGUACAUAACUAAAGUAGUUGUACGCAUGGAUGCUUUAAAACUAAUCGGAGUUUAUAUGAUUUCCUUGUUGCAUUUGGUUGUGCAGCCGAUGAUGGAGAUUAGUGGUACGCAUGAGGAACGAUGGGCAGCCUGGGAUGAUGAAAAGUAUGACAAAAAGAUGGAGAACAUGCUUGGGAUGAUAAAAAAUGGGCAUGUGUUUAGCAAGAGUGAUUGGGGCGGCGGCGAUGCAGGGGAUCCAAUUUACAAGCACCGUGAGAAAGUGAAUGCUAAGAAGCGGAAGGGCGCAGCGCACGUUGGAGUGACCGAAGCACCCGUUCUAAAGCAGAGACGUGUCAGCGGUUAUUUCAGACGUGGAGCUAUGGUGGAUGUAGAGGAGUAUAGGAGGAUGGAGGCGCAUGUCCAAGAAUUGGUGUUAGAAGUUCAGAAGCUCAAAAACGUGGUGGAGAAACAAGGUAGGAAGUUUGAGAAAUGGAAGACCUUUGUUAAGGGGAAGAGCUCAAUAAAAAAACAAGGGAGUAUUAAGAGUAGGAUCAAGAGAAGACCGUAGAUGGAAGUGUAGGGACUGUAAGACGUUCCCCGGAGGUUGAGGACGAGGACGACCGUGUGGAGGAUGAUAUUCCUGCCAUUAGCGCCGGUGAUACGCAGGGCGAAGGGGACGUUAGAACGCCUGAACAGAGUUCUCGGUCGAUGUCAGAGGACAGGCCGUCUUUGUUAGUUAGAUUGCCACCGGGCAACGGUGUGCCUUUGCAAUGGGUGGAAACAGGGGCUAGGGACAAAGUUGUAUAUCGGGCCGUGCACAGCCAAACUUUCUUUGUGCACAGUGAGGAAGAGGUUUGUAACGCGCCUUUGUCAAAAUAAAAUGUAGAGGAUUAUCUAGGGACUCAUGUGUUUGAGAUGAUGUGCAGGAUAGCAGCGUUGGUGGUGGGAGUCGGGAGCAGGGAGGAUCGGGUGACGGGUUGGAUGCCAGUGUAAGUUAUUUGUAACAUAUUAUUUAUGUUCCUAUUCAAUGUUGGAAUUGAAUUUGAUGUCCUUAAUUGCGUUUUUCAGGCUAUGUCCGAUUUGGAUGCUUUAGUGUUGGCAGCCACCGGAGUUAAGGCUGGUGGCACGAAGUCAGAGGUACAAAAGUUAUUGCUUUUGGUGGAUGUUCUAGGUAUGACACUUUUUUUUAAUGGUGGUUUACUUUUUCAUUAGGGGACCCCUCAAUCAGUUUUAAAAAUAUGCUAGCAGACUCAAAACGUGUGACAUUAUGUAAGGAUGAGUAAAUUCAUAAUAUCAGUUUUGAAAUAUGUAAGCUGACUUUAAAUCAAUCAGUUAUCACCUAGGAUCAUAUCAUUAAAGUUGGCUGGUAUAAUUAAAUUUUAAAUCAAUCACUCUUUUCUUUAUGUCUAUAUGAAUUGGAAAUAAUUGACGUGAACCUUUUAAAUGACCGGUUUUGAUCAAAUAUUUUAUAUGUAAUAUGAAAACCAAUUUAGAUAACCACCCCUUUUGAUAUAUAUAUAUAUAUAUAUAUAUAUAUAUAUAUAUAUAUAUAUAUAUAUAUAUAUAUAUAUAUAUAUAUAUAUAUAUAUAUAUAUAUAUAUAUAUAUUAGAUAUGUCACGAAAUAUAUCAUAUAUGUCACGAAAGUAACAUUAAAAUAAACGUUAAAUUACUACAACAUACGUUAAGGUGAGAGUUCUUGUCCCAAACCGGUUUUAAAUUGUUAAGGCGAGAGUUCUUGUCUCGAACCGGUUUUAAAUCGUAAGUUACCAAUUAAUAUGAUUAAAACAUUAUGUUAAGAACCAAUUAAUGAGUAAUGGCAAAGUAUGUAAUAAUUCUAGUAAAGAGAUGAUUUUUACCUAGAGAAUAUGAGAAUGAAUAUGGUAUUACCACAUAGGAAAUGACAUAUUUGUUAAUAGUAUAUGAGUAUAAGGUUACUCUUUAAAAAUGCUCAUACUUUAAUAAU